CAGAGAAAAAAAGCCCUAAAAAAAAAGGGUCCCCUUUUUUGCAAAACCAUUGCUUCUUCUCUCUGAUUCCAUCUUCUUCUUCCUCUCGAAUCCUUUCUCUUUCCUAUUUUUUAUUUUCCCGCUGAUUUCGCGAUCCCAUUCGUUAGAUUUCGUUCUCAUUCAUUCAUUCAUUCUCUCGCCGUUUUUUUUUUAAUCUAUUUCAGAUUUCAGUUUCUUCCUUGAGCCCAGUUUUUUUUUCUCAGCUUAAUUCGUUAAUGGAGGUUAAUUCCGACGAGCUUCGAGGUUCUUAUGCUUCUUGUGGUAUCGAUUACCGAAAAGUAGAAUUGGGUUUUGGUCAAUUUGGGGAUGAUUUUGUGGGUUUGCCUGAUGAUCCUUUUUGUAUGAACAUUAGAUCCACUUUGAAUACAAUCUCUGAUUGGUUUCAUGAGAAUCAGAUGUUGCAACACCAAAUCACUUUGCCUGAGGAUCCAUUUUGUAUGAAAGUUAGAUCGACUUUGAACACAAUCUCGGAUUGGUUUCAUGAGAAUCACAAAGAUUUAGUAACUGAACAAUUUAGCUUAAGUUGGUUUGAUCUUGAUGAUGUUUUUGAUGAUGAUGAUGAUGAUGAUGAUGAUGAUGAUGCUGGUGAAGCUCAUGACGCGUUUGAGUUAGUUCUGUCAUAUCUAGAGGUGAAAGAGAUUCUUGCGGUUGAAGGAGUUUGCAGGUCUUUGCGUGAUUCGGUUAGAAAGGAGCCUUUCUUCUGGAGAACCAUUGAUCUUAAUGACUCUUUUCUUCAAUAUAGAGUAACUGAUGAGUCUCUUUUGAAGUUAACACGCCGCGCUCAAGGUGAUGUUCGAUGUUUGAAUCUUGGAGGAUGUGUUGGUAUCACUGAUUAUGGCUUGAAGCAAGUGCUUGCAAUCAAUCCACAUCUCACUAAGCUGAGUGUAUCUGGUUGUCUUAGACUAAGCACAGCAGGACUACUGUCAACUCUAAGGGACUUAAAAUCCUCAAACCGUCUUGGAGUCAAAAGCCUAAUCACUGGUGGGGCGUUAUAUUUCACAAAGGAGCAAUUUAAAGAGCUCAACUUAUUACUGGGAGGAGAUGCUAAAGCGGGUCCAAAAUCGAGGAAGAAGAGAUUCUAUACGUCUUGUAGAUCAGAGUUUUCUUUAGAGGAUGAUCGAGUUACUGACCUAGAGAUAUGCCCGUGGUGUGAGAAACCAAGUCUUGUAUUUGAUUGUCCAGCAGAAACCUGUCCGUUGAAGGGUCAAUAUCCUUAUCCUAAAUCAUCGUGCAGAGCUUGCGUAGUCUGCAUAGAACGUUGCCACGAGUGUGGGAGUUGCUUAAAUGACUGUGAAAACAAGCCGUUCUGUUUUGCAUUCAGCUGUGUGGUCUGCAUUGAGAAGAGGUCUAACCAGUUAUAAGAGUUUAUUUGAAGUCAAAACCGAAGCUAACACAUGAAUUUGAUCCUCAAAACACUGUUUUCAGAAGAUGAAGAAUGAAGAGUCUUGAUGCUUGAGGUAUCAAUCAAAGUCAAUGAGAAGAGCUGCAACAGAAAAGGAAACAUGAUAAGACUCAGAAGGGUGUUUAGUCUUCAUCUACUGCAUCAUGAAAGAUCUGCGCCAACUAGAUUCUGCAAGGGCGCGGAGAGAGAAAGAGAAGCAAAGACUAGAGCUUUACUUGAAAGUUGAAGCAGCAUGAUUCAAAUGGUAAAUAAGUAGAACUUACAGGAAAAGAGAAGAGACGAGACGAGAAUAAAGAAAACAUCAACUAUUUUACAUUAUCAUUUAAUUAGUCUUCUAAUCUCCUCCUUAUAUAGCUUUAUGUUAAAUGACUUGUUUAAUUUCAAAAUGGAUCAAUCUUAUCAAUCCCUUUGUGCUUGGA